AUGCCUCAAACACGACGGCUACUUCAUGAAGAGAUAACAUACUCUGUUGCCAAGGAGAAGCAGGUCAACGUCCUACGCGAACUCCAAUACUUUACUCAGCGAGCUCAAUUCUUUGAUCUUCUCAAAAGCAAGCAGAGUUGGAUCCAAGCUGUUGUCGCUCAUCAUCUAAAUCUCAAGUCAACCGAUGCGUGCCGGCUGGCAGACACUGAGGAGUGGGUUCAUGGGAGUUUCAACGUCUGCAUCCCAGUCACGGUCUUCAGCUGGGCCGGGGCCAAAAAGUCGCAGCCUGGGGAUCGUGUGAUCAUCCGCUUUCCCUUGCCAUACCGUGUCGGCGAGGAAUUUCGGCCUGGGAAUGCAGACGAGAAGCUUCGCUGUGAGGCAGGAACAUACGCCUGGUUGGAGGGGACCUGUCCUGAUAUCCCAAUCCCGCGUCUUUACGGGUUUGCAAUGUCCACUGGGGAGACUUUUACACGAAUCGACUGCCUUCCUUUUUUAUCCUCUUGGUGGCGGUGCUUGAGCCAUCACAUCCUAAGUCUGUUUGGUUGUCAAGUCCCUUCCAAGUAUAGCCGCCACCAGAGGAAGAACGACGUGCUUGAAAGGAAUCGGCUCAAUGAUGUCGGCUAUUUAUUGAUUGAGUAUAUUGAGGAGUCGAGAGGAAGGAUGCUGUCAUCUACUUGGGCCGCGAAGAAAGAUGAUACAAAGCUCCGGACGAAUCUUCUUCGCGAUCUCAGCAAAAUAUACCUAAGCCUGUGCAAGACCCCAUUGCCUAAGAUUGGAUCCCUACUUAUUGAUAAUGAUGGAAUCCUUCAACUUGCAAACCGCCCGCUUAACAUGACAAUUCAGAUUCUGGAGAAUGAGUGUAUUCCAACAGACAUGCCCCGAGGAAUCACCUACGAGAGAGCCGACACGUUUGUCGCGGAUAUCUUGACUUGCCACGACAACCGCCUUCGCCAUCAACCAAACGCUAUCGAAAGCCCAGUUGACUAUUUCUACCAAGCAGCGCGACUUACAGCCAUGCGAACAAUAGCUCCGUUAUUCCUCAGUCAAGACCUUCGUCAGGGGCCGUUCAUAUACUCACUCACCGAUCUGCAUGCAAGUAAUAUAUUUGUUGACGACGACUGGCAUAUCACAUCGCUUGUGGAUCUGGAGUGGGCAUGCUCCUUGCCUAUCGAGAUGGUCCAACUCCCUUACUGGAUAUCUGGUGCCACAGCCAUUGAUUGCGUUGACUAUCAUGAGCACAAUGAGGUUCAAAGGACAUUUGUGGAAAUCCUCGCGGCCGAGGAAGACUUGACCUAUUCUUGUUCAAGCAACAAAGUUUCCUCAACGCCGUUGAAAUUAUCGCAGGUGAUGGACAGAACCUGGAAGAAUAGAAUGUUUUGGUAUCAUCUGGCUUUAGAAACUCCCACAGGGCUGUGGACAAUCUUCGACCGUGAGAUCCAGCCACCAUUGAUUAAGGGAAGUGGAAAAGAACAUGGAUACUUUGGGCCAAUUAUGACUUAUUACUGGACCCGAAAUACCUUGUCCAUCUUACACGGCAAGAUGAAGGAUAAAGAAGCCUACGACACCCAACUGCAGCAUGAAUUUGAGGAAACAACUUAA